AUGAGCCUCAACGGCGGCAUGGAGGCCGAAGGAGACGAGGAGAAGAAGAAGAAGAUCAACGAGGAUGUCAUAGUCUUCCUCAGGAAGCGCAGCGAGACCAACGCGCCCAAGUAUGCCGCCCGGUUGAAGACCUACGUCGACCUCCAGCAUAAAAGACGUCGGGCGGCCGCUGCCAGGCGCCACUCCGAGCAGAUGCUCAGAAGAACUACGUCUUCUAGAAAACGGAAUGAGAUGGAAACGAACAAGACCGGCGAGGUGACAGAUCACCGCGGAGGGGACGAAGACGAAACUCGCGUGGGGAAGCGUCGCGGGGACAAGAAUAUGAACAGCCGUUCGUUUUCUCGUUCGCGGUCUGGGGAGCCGUCAGACAGGUGCGGGCGUAGACGUAGGAAACGCCGUAGAAGCUGCGGGAGGCGUAGAAAGAAGCGCCGCCGCCGCCGUAGCUGCGGUAGGCGUCGCCGCCGCCGCCGCAAACGCAGCUGCAGCCGCCGCCGUCGCCGCCGAAGCUGCCGCCGCCGCCGGAAGAAGCGUCGUCGUCGUCGUUGCUAA